ACUCGCCUCCGCCAUGGCCCUCUGGAAGCUGCUGAGCGCCGCUGCGGCGUGCUGGGCCGUGCUGGCCGCCGCCGCCCCCGCCGCGAGCCCCGGCGCCGACUUCUACGCCGCGCUGCCGCCCUCCUGCGACAGCCAAAUCUACUGCCAGGGCGACCUCCUGCGCGUGAUUCAGAACGCCCACCUCUACACCGACUCCAAGACGUUUAUCGACAAGAAGCUCCUGCAGUCGCCCGAGGACACGCUGGCGGAUUUCGACACCUUCAUGCAGUACUACAACAACGCGCCCACCACCGCCCAGAUCCAGAGCUUCGUCGACGCGCACUUCGCCGACGGCGACGAGCUGGAGGCCGUCGACCUGGAGGACUGGGUGGAGCAGCCCGCCCUCCUGAGCCGCAUCGCCGACCCGCAGCUGCGCGACUGGGCGUCGCAGCUCAACGUCAUCUGGAAGAGCCUCAGCCGCAAGGUCAACGACACCAUCAAGGACAACAGCGACCGCUACUCCAUCAUCUACGUGCCCAACCACUUCGUGGUGCCCGGCGGCCGCUUCCGGGAGCUCUACUACUGGGACACGUACUGGGUGGUGCGCGGCCUCAUCCUCAGCGACAUGACCUCCACCAUCAAGGGCAUCUUGGAGAACUUCUUCUACCUGCUCGACAACUACGGCAUCAUCCCCAACGGCGCGCGCGUCUACUACCUGCAACGCACGCAGCCCCCGCUGCUCACGCCCAUGGUCUACGAGUACUACCAGGCCACCAAGGACGCGGCCUUCGUGCGCGACCACAUCGCCUUGCUGGAGCGCGAGCUUGAUUUCUGGUUGAAGAACCGCACGCUGCAAGUGAACAAGGACGGCAAAACCUACACCCUCGCCCACUACUACGCCCCGUCCAAGGGCCCGCGCCCGGAGUCCUACAGGGAAGACUACACCAACGGCGAGAUCUUCGCCGACGAGGACAGGAAAGAAGAGUUCUACGUCGAUCUCAAGUCGGCCGCCGAGUCCGGAUGGGAUUUCUCCAGCCGCUGGUUCAUCACUGACGGCACCGAUGAAGGCAAUCUAACGGCCAUCCACACCAAGUACAUCGUCCCUGUGGACAUCAACGCCUUCGUGUACUAUCACGCCGACCUCCUGUCCCAGCUGCACAGCGAGUUGGGUGAUGCUGAUAAAGCCGUUUAUUACAAGCAGAUUGCGACUCAGCUCCAGGAAGCGAUUACGGCGGUGCUGUGGAACGACGAGUUGGGUUCCUGGUUUGACUACGAUAUUCUCAACAACAAGCAGCGCACGUACUUCUAUCCUUCCAACAUGGCUCCUCUCUGGACCAAGGCCUACGACCCGGCCAACACGGUGCAGAUCGCGCAGAAGGCGACGGCGUACCUCAGGGGCCUGGACCUGCUGUCGUUCCCGGGCGGCAUCCCGACGUCGCUGAAGAACAGCGGGCAGCAGUGGGACCUGCCCAACGCGUGGCCGCCCCUCCAGCACAUCGUCAUUCGCGGCCUCCAGGACACGCAGGAGCCCAGCGCGCAGCAGCUGGCGUUUGAACUGGCGCAGCACUGGGUCGCCUCCAAUUACAAGGCCUUCCAGGACUCGCACGAGAUGUUCGAGAAGUACGACGCGGAGUUGUUCGGCCAGUACGGGGGAGGCGGAGAGUACACCGUGCAGUCGGGCUUCGGCUGGACCAAUGGCGUCGCGUUGGAUUUCAUGAACAUGUGGUCAGACCGACUUGUGGCUAAUUCUACUUCCAGUUCAUAAUCCAUACAGCGAAUGAAUUUUAAUAAUGGCCUGGAACAUAUGCGAAUAACGUCUGCCUAACUAAUCACUGAUGGAUGUGGAAGACAUAUUGACUUGAACAAGUUAGAAAUCUUCAUUUGAGGAUAAAUAUAUAAUAGAGCUUUUCAAUUGAAAAAUGGUCUAUAGAACCAUUUAAUAAUUUUCAUUUUUACGAGACAAAUGUACAAGAUUUCUUAUGGAAGUUUACUUAAAAAACGUGUUAUUAUAAUUCACGUUAUAUUCUUAAAUGAUUAUUAAGACCUUUUUUGAUUCUGUAUGUAUAUUUGUCAAUAAAUAAGCAUUGUGUAUAUA